UUUUUAACUAAUCAGUCUAAUUAAAAAAAAGCGCGGUAGUAGGUUAGCGGAACUCUUCUUGACCUCAGAAGAGAAAAUAUUUCCUGGUCUUGUGGCUUCCUUAUUUGCUUGGCAUUCCGCCACGGAUUGUGAGUCGUGUGCUGAGUUACAAAUGAGCCGAGAAUCUUCUCUCCGUUGAAAUUCCGCUCGCUAUCGAUUGAUAAUAGUCUAUACACUGAACUGUACUUCUUUACCACCUGUUGUAAUUGUGUUAAAUGUAUUGAAAAACUGCUAACCUUCGUACAAUAACCAUUCGUUGAGGUAACCCACUCGCGAUUCUUUUCGGAUUUCUUUGCUUAGUCUUACUUAUCACCUUCGAAAACUUUUAUUUAUUUAAACUUCUCUAUUUCGAUUUUCUUUAUAGUCGGUACAGCGUUACAAGUAGUGAUUUAUAGGGGUGGGCUCUAACACAAAGACAAGAAAAUCAUUAGGUACAAUCUGUAUUCCGCUCCACUGCAUCACCGCCACCUGUCAAAAUUAGAAAGCCUCGUGCCCUACUACUACUGAUCUCUUUUGUCCCUUCAUCAACUGGUUAGGUUGCAAAAAUGAUUGACGGUGUCAGAAAACAUUGCGGUUUUAGACUUGCAUAACUCGAGUAAGUUUUGUUGUUUGUUAUGUUCCACUAGUCCAGUUUUGUAGGUUAGUGUGGAGACUUCCAAGUCUCCAUUGUCAAUUUUACAACAUGUUUUCGUUUGUUCCAAAUAUAUUUCAUUAUCUAGUAGUUAAAAAAUACCAUAUGCAGGUUUUAAAAGUCAGAAGUUUCAAAUGACAGAAGGGUCUAUUAUCAAACGUUUUAUUUAGACCAUAACUGAAUGACGUAUCGUGCUAUCGUCCAUUAUUAGUUAAGUUUAUUGGCAGAAGGCGUUAGUGAGAAAAUGCUGUUUUUCUUGUGUGUCUUGUUCUAAAAACUAAUAAGUGUCUGUGAGAAAGCAGGCGAUGUCCAGAAAGAAUUUGAGGGUACAAGUAACGGGACUUUUCGCGCCUCUUGUCAAUGAUUUUUUUCUUUUUAGAUUAUUAUUUAUUAUUUCAGGGCCUACCACAUUUAUUUUUGUUUUCAAAUACAUUCAAUACGGCGUUCUGAAGCGAAUCGCUGAUUCCCUUAAAUCGACAUUUUGAUACGGACAGACUUUGUGUUAUCUAAAAAAAAAAGGAAUGCCUUCAAGGCUUUAGUCCUUCACGCUGGCUUGAUGCGCGCCCAGUCUCAAAUUUUAUUUUAGUUCGUGUUGCCCGUGCGUUUGGAAGUCCGUCGUGUGCGUCACACUUGCCUCUUUAUUUUAUUUGUUAUUGCGUUGCAUUCUGGAGCUCCUUCCGCGUGGUGCUGUGCAACAGUUUUCCCGCUAUGCUUUUGAACCGAUUUAUGUGUUGCUUGUUUUUUCUGUUGACCAUCAGUGCAAUUGACGUCAAUAGUUACAGUUCAAUUAAACAAUAUCGAGACGCAUUAAUCGCCCGUUUACUGUUAAAAAGUUGGAGGAAAAAAGCGGAAGAGCAACGCGUUAGAUUCUUUGAUCGGCUUCCUCAGAGUGUUGAAUCCAGAUAUACACCAACGCAAGUUAUCUCAUACCGAGGAUAUCCUUCCGAGAUUCACCACGUGACUACUGACGACGGUUACAUAAUAGAACUUCAUCGAAUUCCACCCAGGGGUACCGCCAAGAAAGUUGUGUUUUUGCAACAUGGAGUUAUGCAAUCUUCAGGCACUUGGCUUGUCAAUCCUUCCAGUCGUUCGCUUGCAAUAUUACUAGCGGAUCAGUCAUACGACGUAUGGCUCGGUAAUUUCCGUGGUAACAGGUAUUCAAGGAAACAUACAACCCUCGAUCCAAAUUCAGAACAAUAUUGGAAGUUUAGCUGGGACCAAAUAGGGAACUAUGAUAUCCCAGCUGUCAUUAAUUAUAUUCUAAAAGAGACGAGUCAACCCAAGUUGACUUACAUAGGACACUCGUUGGGAUGUGGAGUAUUUUUUAUAGCCAUGGUCUUGCAUCCGGAGCUUAAUGCGAAGAUUGAUCUCAUGGUUGCCCUUGCACCACUUUCAUCUUUUGCCCAUUUUGAUGCUAUCUUUAGGAUUUUAACUCCGUUUAGUAAUCCCAUUGAGAAUUUUCUUGAGUUUACUCGAGCUCGCGUGAUUUUGGACAGCGAUGUUCGUGGGAAAUAUUUAUUCGACCUUGCAUGUGAACAAACCUACAGUCAAGCACGAUUUUGUCGAGACGUCUUUAUUUUAAUCUGUGGACCAAACCGCGACAAUAUUGAUCCCGUUUUGAUCCCUGUCAUCAACGAGAAUUUCAUGACUGGAACCUCAGUUGCUGUUAUUGCUCAAUUUGCACAGAAUUAUAAUGCAGGUGAUGUUUUUCAGGCUUACGAUUACGGACGAGAAGGGAAUUUGCAGAAAUAUGGUUCCACGAAACCAUAUCAAUACGACCUGACAAAAGUUACAGCUCCGGUGUACGUCUUCUCUGGAAAUGCUGACCGAAUAGUUACACCGAAGGAUGUUGAUUGGCUUCUUACAAAACUUAGUAACCUAAAGGGCUCAACUCGAUUCUACGAAUACAACCACUUGGAUUUCAUAUGGGGAACCGAUGUAAAGGAGAGGCUCUAUGAUAAUAUCUUAACUCUUUUAUCGUAAUGCCUCGGCCAAAGCUAUACUCCUAAGCAGAUAGGGGUCUAUCGAUUAAAGUUAUCAAAAGUUAGAAAUAAAAUUUCGUUUGAUUAUUUUUGGUUUUGUUGAAUUAGAGAGAACAUUUAUUUUAUAUUUAUUUAUUAUUUCUUUAAAUGAUUAUAUUUUUAUUUUUAUAUUCUUUAAAACAAUUCACCAACCAUUUGUUAUGAUAACAUGUUCCCUCCGAAAUCAAAAAAUUUGCGAACUAGAUAUGUUUUCUUUUGUGACUGGCGAGGCAAGGCAAGUGCCAAAAGUUGUCUGCCAUUUAAUUUUAAUUAGUGAUUACAUCAGCCGCCUGAUUUGGCGCCUGAUCAAUGCUGAAACCUGAAAUGAUUUGUAAUCUUCAUUAAAGGCGACUUGAAGAAAUAUAGGGAAACCUGUAUUA